AUGAUAUCCAGCACUGGCACUCUAUCUAUUGCUUCCUUAUAUGAUGUGUGCGUAGGCUCAUUCAACCAGCUCUUUAAUCUCUUACAAGAGCCCAACUGCGACUUUUCAAGUCAGCUAUCUAAAACAGCCCUCGAAGAAGAACUUGGACGCUUUAGGGUUUGGGCUGGAAAUUCUGGGGCUCACCGGAAUGGACAGGUCUCUCUGGAUCAUAAACUAAGGGAGGCAUAUCAUGUCCACCAAACCGUAAGAGACCUGCUGGGAGACCUUGACGACGCUCUGAAAGAAGCUAUCUCAAUUGUUUCUCAUGAGAGAAAACCCUUCGAUGAGCAAUCAUUUUCUCCGGGCUCUUCUAUAUAUUCACUGGAGGAUGCCCCCACAGAGGAUCCCGAAGAGCAACCAAAUCCGACCACCGAACUUACUGAGCUCCAAGAACGCUUCGGCGAAGUCUGUCAUGUUAUCACUUGUUUAUACAAGUUAUCCAUAACCAUACGUAAUCCAGCCCCGCGCGACAGACUCCAAAAAUGCGCAUCUAUCAAAAUAUCACAUUUUGAGUUUUUUGAUAUUCAACACGCCCGUGAAAAAUUUCCCGGGGCACAAGAUUUUCUACAAGCUCGCCUUGGAAAAGCGAAUACUAAGCGUCGACAACUCUUAAAGUACCAUGAAAGGCAUCAUGGUAAAUUAGCUCAAUAUAUCGACUUUUCACUGCCGAAGAGAUUUCCAACCAUUCACUACGACCAGAAGGAUGAGAAUAGUGGAGAUAAUGAAUUAAAAAUCACAAAAGAUGACGAAGAAGACUUAUCAGAACGUCGUUCUCAGAUUGAGAAAGGCCCCGGCACUAUUGCCGAAACAGAAAACACGCAAACAACUAUUUCAACAUAUGUACAGGGCCCAUCAGAUCAGACGGUCGAAGUAAUUACCCUUGAUGAUGCCCUAUCACAGACCUCAUAUGCAACCUCCACAGGAGGGGCAAGGAGUACUAUUCAUGUACCUCUUCCCCCCAAUGCCGCAGAAACCCUUGACGGCAAACCUUUCGAGUGUCCGUAUUGUUACUCCAUCAUCAGUGUGAGCAGUAGGAACCUUUGGAUAAAACAUGUAUAUCGGGAUCUGCGACCUUAUGUUUGUACGUUCGAGGAUUGCCUUAAACCCGAUCGACUAUUUGAUACUCGGCACGAUUGGUAUAAUCAUGAGGUUGAAGUACAUAGAAGAGAAUGGUUCUGCAAUACUUGCCGCCAGUCUUUGAGCAAUAAAACAAUUUUCGAAAACCACCUGAGACAAAGCCAUCCCAAAUUGUUUACCGAGGCACAAAUGCCUGCCAUGGCCGAGAGAUGCGAAAGAGCUAUCGAUCUGGAACAAAUUUGCCCUUUGUGCGGGGAAAAUCAUACUUCUCAUCGUUUGAAGAGUCACCUAGCACGUCAUAUGCAGCAAUUGGCAUUAUUCACGCUCCCAAAAACGGUCGAGGAAACAGAUGGCCAUGGAGAAUCUUUAGGGGCUCAAGCUUCAAGGUCAGAUGAAGAGGGAAUGGAGGAUGAUUUGAACGAGGUCGAACUAGAUUUUGACUCAGACCCAUCUCAGGGAAGCGCCGACAAUAUUCUUGAUGCCGGGGACGAGAUUACCGAAGAAAUAGCUGAGACAUUGGAAUCUGACCCGGCGAUUGUCCAUGCAAUUAAUGAAUUAAACAAAAACAAAAACCCGGCGAUUGUCCAAGAUGCUCCAUCACCGAUCACUCGUUAUGUUUGCUUUCAGAAAAGAUCCAGUGCUCUCCCAUGGAAAAACGAAUGGGAGACUUGCGAUCCUAUAACUAUGAGCAUUUCCCCAGAGGAAACAGAAAAACAUAUCAAGAAGCAUGAUGAACCCGGGAGGGAUAUUGACACUUGUAUAUCUAAGCUUGGGAAAUACCAACUCAGACAUCUGAGAAAACAAGAGGACAAACUAAACAAGAGUGAGAAGGAUGUGAAGAACUUCAAGUGGGUUGUUUCCGCCGUAGGCGAGGAGAAGGAACAGAAUGAUGGAGCAUCACAUAAAUUCUGGGCAAUAUAUUCCAGGCAGUCGAGAUCCCGCCCUGUACAGCAAGUCGAAAACGCUAUUGAUAAUACGAAGCCGCUGUACCUCGAGACUUCGAGUAGGGCGCAAGAGCUUAAGGCGCAUAUAAUACAAGAGAUGGGAAAUGUUAAUUUAAGCUCGAAGUUGACAGAACCAAAUGAUUACGAUCAGGUGUUGAUAUCAGCAGCCGAAAAUGGAUACGAAAAACUGGUGGAGAUGCUCGUUGAGAUAGGAGCCGACGUCAACGCCCAGGGAGGGUACUACGGAAACACUUUGCAGGCAGCAGCUUGUAUGGACCACGAGAAGAUCGUGCAGCUUCUUAUUGAACGUGGUGCCGACGUCAACGCCCAGGGAGGGGAGUACGGAAACGCUUUGCAGGCAGCAGCUACUGAGCCCAACGAAAAGACUGUGCAGCUUCUUAUUGAACGUGGUGCCGACGUCAACGCCCAGGGAGGGGUGUACGGAAACGCUUUGCAGGCAGCAGCUUAUAUGGGCCGCGAGAAGAUCGUGCAGCUUCUUAUUGAACGUGGUGCCGACGUCAACGCCCAGGGAGGGGUGUACGGAAACACUUUGCAGGCAGCAGCUUGUAUGGGCCGCGAGAAGAUCGUGCAGCUUCUUAUUGAACGUGGUGCCGACGUCAACGCCCAAGGAGGGGAGUUCGGAAACGCUUUGCAGGCAGCAGUUUAUAGGGGCCGCGAGAAGAUCGUGCAGCUUCUUAUUGAACGUGGUGCCGACGUCAACGCCCAGGGAGGGGAGCACGGAAACGCUUUGCAGGCAGCAGCUUGUAUGGGCCACGAGAAGAUCGUGCAGCUUCUUAUUGAACGUGGUGCCGACGUCAACGCCGAGGGAGGGGAGUACGGAAACGCUUUGCAGGCAGCAGUUUAUAUGGACAACGAGAAGAUCGUGCAGCUUCUUAUUGAACGUGGUGCCGACGUCAACGCCCAGGGAGGGGAGUACGGAAACGCUUUGCAGGCAGCAGCUUAUAGGGGCCGCGAGAAGAUCGUGCAGCUUCUUAUUGAACGUGGUGCCGACGUCAACGCCCAGGGAAGGAGAGAAAGGUGCCUUGGAGAAGCCCUAGGAGUGAAAAAUAACAAAGGUAUUCUCCCAGCAUAUGAGACCACCUGCAACUCACUCUUUCGACAUGGAUACGUUCGGGGCGGCGGGAUUGGGACUUCGGACUUCGGUGGGGCGAGUGAUAGUUCAUGA